AUGGCAAAGUCAGCAAAGCAAGUCACAGGUAAAGCACCAACAGAUGACACACAGGACAAGAAAAAAUCAAAGAAGAAGUCAUCAUCAAUGUGCAUGGGCAUGAUGUUCAGGUCAGCAAUCAAACGUAUUUCUCGUGAAGUCAGUCCAGAUAACAACAUCAUGCUGACAAAUAACUCGAUCCAGGUUCUUUGUGCAAUUGCUUACGACUUUGUUGACACUGUGGCCGAGCUUGGUGGAGAGAUGGCAAGGAAAGUCGGCAAGCAAACAGUAGGCUCCGAUGAUAUCAUAAGUGCAUUCGAAAUCAUCCUAAAGGGUGAGCUCAGGAAACUUGCAAUCAGGGAAGUUCAUACUGCUCUUGCAAAAAGCCAGGUAAAACCUCGUGGAAAAUAA